AUGCUAUGCUUUAUCAAAGAUAUGUUCUUAUUUCAGCCCGGCGUUCACACUUUUGACGGAGGACCUAACGUGACUCUGCUCAGACCACCCCCGGGAACGCCUGGAGAAGUGGACCCAUUAGACGUGGAGCUCCUCAAGGCACUGUCCACCUCUCAGAAGACUCAGAUGCCCUUCAUCUCCUGGUCUGGACCCACAGCGGAGACAGAAACACUCAACGACCAGUCUGCAGAAGGCUCUACUCCAGUAGAUGGCUGCUGGGAGCCUCUGGACCCCGGGCCAUGUCGGGACUACCAGGUCAGGUGGUACUAUGACCCCAUCGCUGACUCCUGUGCCCAGUUCUGGUUUGGAGGCUGCGAAGGGAACAGGAAUCGCUUUGAAACAGAGAGGAGCUGCUUACAAACCUGCGUCAGGGGGUAACACUGACUUCCAUCAUGGUUCUA